CCCGACCCGUCCGACUCCAAGUUUCCAGGAAACUGCCGCAAGCGGUAAGUCAAAAAUAUCUAUCUGAACACAAAAUUAGAAUGCGUGCUUUAUUUCUCUCGAGGAUUCGGUUCUCACGAGCUCCUCCGAUUCAGGAAUUGUAAGGAUGAGAAUGGACAUUGAUGUGAUUAUUGGGGAGACACCCAGACCUGUAAAUCUCCCAACCAAGAGUGCAAUCUAUGUGUGGGGCUAUAACCAAAGUGGUCAAACAGCCAGGAAGGGCAAAGAGUCUCAACUGCGGAUUCCAAAGCAGCUCCCUCCAGAGCUAUUCGGGUGCCCGGCUGGUGCGAAUUCCCGAUGGCUGGAUAUUGCUUGUGGCCGUGAGCACACGGCAGCUGUGGCCUCCGAUGGAUCUCUUUUUACUUGGGGCGCUAAUGAAUUUGGCCAAUUGGGUGAUGGAACUGAGGACGGUAGGAAAGAUCCAAAGAAAGUAAAGCACUUGCAGACAGAGUAUGUCAAAUAUGUGUCUUGUGGAGCGCAUUGCACUGCUGCUAUUGCAGAACCUCGUGAAAAUGAUGGAACUAUCUCAACAAGUAGGCUUUGGGUUUGGGGUCAAAACCAGGGAUCCAAUUUGCCACGUCUGUUUUGGGGAGCCUUUACUCCAAAUACGAUUAUCCGCCAAGUGUCCUGUGGGGCGACUCAUGUGGUGGCUUUAUCAGAGGAUGGCUUACUACAAGCUUGGGGCUACAAUGAAUAUGGUCAACUCGGGAGAGGUAUUACUUGUCAAGGUCUACAGCGGGCUCGUGUAAUAAAUGCUUACUCAAAAUUUCUUGAUGAAGCUCCCGAGCUUGUGAAGAUUGUGAAGGUGUCGUGCGGGGAGUACCACUCAGCUGCCAUAGCUGAAAAAGGCGAGGUGUAUACCUGGGGUUUAGGGACUAUGGGUCAACUAGGGCAUUGUUCCCUUCAGUAUGGCAAUAAAGAGUUAAUACCCAGGCGAGUGGUGGCUCUUGAUGGAAUCUUCAUUGAGGAUGUUGCUUGUGGUGGUGUGCACACAUGUGCUGUGACUCCAAAAGGAGCUCUUUAUGCCUGGGGUGGCAGUCAAGCAGGGCAAUUGGGCCUUGGGCCCCAGACUGGAUUAUUUUCUUGCAUCCCUAAUAACUCUGAAUCAUAUCUUAGAAAUAUUCCUGCUUUGGUUGUCCCAACCAAUGUGGAACUUGUUGCUUGUGGUCAUUCUCACACCCUUAUUUGUCAAAGGGAUGGAAGAAUCCAUGGAUGGGGUUACAACAAUUACGGUCAGGCAGCUAAUGAUAAAUCUACGUAUGCCUGGUAUCCAUCACCGAUUGAUUGGUGUGUUGGGGAAGUGCGAAAACUAGCAGCUGGUGGUGGGCAUUCAGCGGUGCUCACUGAUGCAUGUUCCUUGAAAGAGUUGUGUGAAUUUAGGCUUGCUGACAGCGUUACUCUUUUGAAUGCUUCUACCAUUGAAGAUGUUGCAUCAAGAACGGGGUCAGAUGCUUUAGCACGUCUUUGCGAAAGAUUGAGGGAGCAUAUGCUCGACGGUGGAGGCUUUGAGGAUGAGGAUGAGGAUGAUGAUGACAAUGGCGGAAAGAACUGAAGAUGAUAUUUGUCUCCUUAGUAACUGCUAAAGCAGUUUUGUAGGGUGUACUUCCUUGAGGUCCCUUUUAUUACCUCUCUGAUAUCACCCUUUAUACAACUUUGAUUUAAGACCUAAUACCUAUUCGUCUAAUUAGAGGAUGAAGGAGGGGAACCCUUGUAUUAAGAAGGAUAUGGUUACUUUGAACUGUCACUCCAUUUGGUCACCUUCAUUUCCAAUAAAGUCUGGAUUCUGAAUGAAAAACUGUCCGCUUAUGAUGAACUUGUAUUACUUUCCCACUUGAUAUUUAUACAUAUAUAAACUUGAUGGUUGGAUUCAAAAA